AUGCGGUUCGUCACUGCUCAACCCGGCGCCGACCGGAGUGCCCUUGGCCCUCGCAUUCGUGUCAUCGGCGCCGGGCUUUCGCGAUGCGCAACUUCGUCCCUGCAAGCAGCGCUGGAGACGCCCAGCAUGGGCUACUUUCCCUGCAUGCACAUGGAGCACGUCGUUCCUCACAGCUGGCGUUCCCAAAUUAUCAUCGACGCCAUGCAGGAGGAAGACACGCAAAGGCGGCGCAAGCUCCUCCACCGGGUCUUUGACGGUUAUGAGGCCACGACAGACUUUCCCGGCUUCUGGUUCAUCGAUGACCUCAUGGACAUGUAUCCAGAUGCGCCCAUCGUCCUCAACCAGCGCAAGGGCGGCGGGAACGCGUGGUUCAGGAGCUUCGAGGAUAACAUCGGCUUCUUCAGGAGCUGGACGUUUUACCUGAUCUGCUUCCCCUUCAGAUCCGAUCGUCUUCAUUGGACAAUGCACCGGGUGGCAACCCGGACCUGGGAUCAAAAGUUCGGCGUCGGUGUCGGCCCCGAGUUUUACGACGCCUACCAGGAGUUUGUGCUGCGGGAGGCCCGAAAGCGCAACCGCGAGGUCUUGGUGUGGCGGGCGGAAGACGGCUGGGAGCCACUGUGUGAUUUCCUCGGCAAAGAGGCGCCCAAGGACGAGCCAUUCCCUUGGGUCAAUGAUGCGGUGACCGUGCAGAACGUCAAGCAGGUGUUGGUCGCGCGAGGGAUUCUGUCCUGGGCGGCCAUCUUUGGCGGCUUCUGGGCCGCAUGGACGCAUUUGCCGCUGCUGGCGGGCUUUGUCUCGACCCAAAUGAGCCAGGCGCCGGCAUGA